GCUCUCUUUGGCUGCGCAGAGCGGCACAGAGAAGGCAGUCAGAUAGGGGAAAGUGAGGCGUAGACCUGCCCAGUUCCGAAAACUCAGCCUCUUCUGGAUCGCAUUCAACAACAACCGAACAACCCAAAAGCUAUCCAAAAGUAAGACGUGAAGAGGAAGGACGAUUUUUUUGGGGGGGCGACUUGAUUUUACGCGCAUUUCUGCCAAGAAUUCUCUUCCGUUGUUUUUUUGUUGCAAGCACUAUCAAGAAAAAAAAGCCUGAAAAGCACAAAGUUGAACGUGAGAAAUGUGAAGGCACCGGCUUGUGUUUCACCCAGGUUCCAGGAUCCCCCUUUAAAUCCAUGCAAUACAGUGCAAUGGAUGAAUUUCAUCCCUUCAUCGAGGCACUUCUCCCUCACGUCCGUGCCAUCGCCUACACGUGGUUCAACCUCCAGGCGAGGAAACGCAAGUACUUCAAGAAGCAUGAGAAGCGGAUGUCCAAGGAUGAGGAGCGUGCGGUCAAGGACGAACUGCUCAGCGAGAAGCCCGAGAUCAAGCAGAAGUGGGCCUCCAGGCUCCUCGCCAAGCUCCGCAAGGACAUCCGCCAGGAGUACCGCGAGGACUUUGUGCUCAGCGUGACAGGCAAGAAACACCCGUGCUGCGUCCUCUCCAACCCCGACCAGAAGGGCAAGAUCCGCCGGAUCGACUGUUUGCGGCAGGCCGACAAGGUGUGGCGCCUAGACCUGGUCAUGGUCAUCCUGUUCAAAGGCAUCCCGUUGGAAAGUACAGACGGAGAGCGCCUCGUCAAGUCGCCGCAUUGCACCAACCCAGCACUUUGCGUCCAGCCGCAUCACAUUACAGUGUCGGUCAAGGAGCUCGACUUGUUUCUAGCAUACUAUGUCCAGGACCAAGACGCACAGCAGUCAGGAAGUCCCAGUAACAAUGAGCCAGGCAACAACCCUCCAGUUUACUUGGAAGACAGCUUCAUCAAAUCAGGAGUCUUCAGUGUUUCGGAGCUGGUGCGGGUGUCCAGAACGCCCAUCACCCAGGGGGCAGGGGUGAACUUCUCCAUGGCCGACAUGCCUAGUCAGCCGUACUACCAUGACCUGAACUCCAGUGUGGGCCUCCAUCGCUCCCUCUCCUCCCCGCCUGGCAGUAAACGGCCCAAGACCCUCAACAUAGAGGAGAGUAUGGAGACCAGUCCCACUGGCCCUGACUUCUAUUCCUCACCUAGCUCCCCAGCUAGUGGCAGCAGGACCUGGCACGAGAGAGAAGACCUGUCGUCUCCCACCAUGAAGAAGCCCGAGAAGCCUCUCUUCAGCCCCACCUCCCCGCAGGAUUCCUCACCCAGACUGAGCACUUUCCCCCAGCACCACCACCCCGGACUCACAGGCAUUGGACACAGUGUUAUAUCAACGAGGAGCCCUCCCCCCCCAUUCCCCCUGCAGUUCUCUGCCUCUGCCAUCCUCCCCGCCCCGUCACCCUACUUCUCCCACCCCACCAUCCGCUACCCGCCCCAUCUCAACCCCCCUGACUCCCUGAAGAGCUACGUGUCCAGCUACGACCCGUCCAGCCCACAGACCAGCCAGCCGAACAGCAGUAGCCAGGUGGGGAAGGUUCAGGGCCACUUCACCCCGGUCCUGGCCCCCUCUCCGCACCACGGCACAGUGCGACCUGUCUCCCUCUCCAUGCCCGACACCAAGCCCAUCACAUCAGAAGGUGAGUACAACGGCUACUCAGCCCCGGGCACCCCCACAGCCAAUCGUUUUGUAGGACUGAGCUCUAGAGAUCCAGCCUUCCUUCACCAACAACAGCUGAGGAUAUGUGACUGGACCAUGAAUCAAAACGGCAGGCAUUAUGGCCCCAGUGGCACUGAGGAUACUUUGGGGAUUGCUUGGCAAAGUCCUGGUACCUGGGCGAGCUUAGUUCCAUUCCAAGUCACGAACGGGACUCCGAUUCUGCCGACAAAUGUCCACCAGAACUACAGCAUAAACAUCAUUGGUGAACCCCCCCUCCUCCACACAGAGGCAGAGAACUGAAGACCGCUCAAGGGGCAAGAAGUGUCGGCUACGGGGGAACUAACCAGCAAGCAGCACUUAAAACAAUGGUGCUUACCCCCUCUCUCCCUCCCCCCCUUCCCCCCUCCCACAGACCCCUCCUCCUUCGGGACAUUGGCCAAGAAGACUCGAGUAGGUUUGGAGCAAAACUGAUCCGGUCCAGUCUAGCUAACCCUUCGCCAUGCCAGUCAGUCAUUGUGUGAAAAGAGCCUUUCUAUUCAAAAUACUGUGAUGUAUCCUGUACAAAAAAACUUAAGAUGCCUUAAUGUUUUGCAUGACAACUCUUAGUCUAAUAGUGGUGUUCUUCUUCAUUUUGAUGUUGGGAGUUUCUAACCUUGGUUACGAACAGGGGAAGUGGUGGUCUGAAACACACAAAGACUGGCUGGUAGUAGACGUACCCGACUGUAAGUUAUUCAACUUUGACCUUUACCCCUUCUAUAUCAAACUAUUCACUGUGUAACCAUAGGAACAAAUUGUGAAUUCAGAGUGUUUUUUCCCUUAGAUUUCAGUUUACUGUGAUAUUUUUUUUUUUGACUCAUUAUCCUGUUGAUUCUGUACUACUAUUUACUUAAAAGUUAGUUAUACUCUUAAGAGUACUCCUAACUCUUACUAUGGUAAAAAAAAGAAGACUAAACACUAUUUUUAGGUUAGAGAUUUGACCCCUUUUUUGAAAGAAUUCGUAUCUCCUCUAGAAAAAGUUUUUUUUUUAAAGAUUUAAAAAAAAAAAAAAUCUUGAAAACUCGAAAGAGGCAAGUGCAAUUGAAUUUUUGAAGGGAAGCUAUCAGUCUGUCAGCCCUAAGACUCUAAAGGAAAGGGGAUAAAUAUACGUUUUUUGGUUUAAAUACGUAAACGUGAAAUGUUUCAAAAAACAUUUGAGUUGAUUUCAGUUGCAUUUCUUUGUGUCUCAAAAUGGAAAGAAAAAAAUACUAAACCUGACAUGCAGAGAUGUGUUUGAAGGUGCGCAUUAAGAUAUCUAUGCAGUACUGAAUAUGAACAAGCCAGCACUUCUAUUGAGCCCUACUCAGUCUCAUGGGGAGCUUUUUAUUUAUUGUGGAAAAAAUAACAAACAGAAAGUUAAAAAAAAUGAAACACACAUAGUGUAUAAAAUGCCAUUCGAAAUCAAUAACAUUUUCAUUUGGCCAUUAGCUUAUGAAGCUUGUGUUUACAGUAUGACUUGACGAAAAAUAAAAUGAAUGCAGGCUGUUAAAGUCAUUCACUAAAAUGUAUGUGUACGUCUCAAAAUCUACACUUUUUGUGCAACCUCGAACCUGCAAGGUUGCAGUGGGUUGCACCUUUUGCCACUUGAACACUAAAAAUCCCAGAUACAAUGGUGGCAUUCCCUGAAAUCUAGAAUUGUGCAAGGUAGGUUUAUUGACUUGACCUCUCUCCAAGUCCAGAUAUGACAAAUCUCUCCAAUACUCUUCAUUUGCACGAUGACAUAUAGUCCACAUUACGUGCCUUGCCUUUGAAUAUAAAGAUAUCACUACACUUGUUUUUUUGCGGCAUUUAUUACCAUUAUAGAAAAGAAACUAAACAAUUUAUGAUAAUACUUUUUUUUUUGUACUCUGAAUGAAAAUUGUGACAUUGUUGAUUUUUUACUUUCAUUUACUACUUUCUCUCACAGUUACGGUGCAUAUCAAGUAUAGUUGCCGUUCUAAAGUCUAUAAUCACCAGCAUUAUUUUUCAGUGUUUUCGGUGGUUUUCGAAUAACCUUUCAUUUUUGUUUUAUUGUUUUUCCAUCUUCCAGUUACUAUUGAGGAGAGAAGAAUUCAGAUUUAUGAAAAUUAUGCAAUACCAAGUUUUGCCUAUGUAGGUAGUGCUUAUAGAUACGCCAAUUAUUAGAGGCUAGUUUGGAGAUAGACAAUAUUGUAAUGCAUUUAUUUUGUUGAUAUCGUUGUUGUUGUUUUCCUUUUUUAAUUGACCAAAGUAGGGACUGCUUUCUAUGCAGUGAAUGACAAGGUCUUAUUGUCGUGUAUUGACAGAUGGAGAGACAUGUAUCAAUUUGUUUUUAUUUCUUGGGGGAGGGAGGGGGCCAUUUUUCUAAGCUUACUGUUCGCCUGUAAAGAAUGCACCCGUUGGUCUCGUAUAGCUGCAAAGUCACUGAUCUGUCUACUGUGACAAACUUGACUCUUUGCAUUCAACUUCCCACCUGGGGUGCUAGCAUGUGACAUUGACUAAGCUCAUUUUCACAGGAGAGACGGCUUGACUUGUGGGACCAUCACAAAAAAAAAAAAAAAAAAUCAGGAGAGGAACACGCUAACCUUAAUCAGACCCACAAUUGCAAACUGAAAUCAUACUGCAAUUGUAAAAAAAAAAAAAAAAAUAGCAGGAAGCUAUAUAAGCAUUAACCCUUAAACAUAACAUGGUGUCAUUCUAUUAUCAGUCACUAUAUGCAAUUCCCAAGUAGAUGCCUUAAAAAUACAGUAUAUAUAAAGUGACCUGUUACACAUGCGGUACAAUCAACACACUGACAAAUCCAUGUGAAACCAGUCAAAUCAGUCUAAAGAAAGUAUUAAUCAACAUAUAUGCACUAUAUCUGUAUACACCCCGGGGAUAUCUCUACCCGUUAUCGCUAUAGGGAGCCUUGAUUUUAUCAUGUAAUAAGCUAUGGACUACAGAGGAAGGACCUCUGCUAUUUUCAUUGUACUGUGUAGUGCCCGGAGAAGAACAACAAUAGAGAACUUGCAUACAGUAGCACAUAGGUUAUCGUCUUCCCCAAGUGUGUUACGUCAAAUCUAUAACAAACAAAAAAAUAUAUUACAUAUGUGAACAAAAACAAAAUCUCAGGCGUUACAGGGCAUUACAAAUUCCAAUCACAACUCUCCCACCUUGUGAUACAAAAAAUGACUUUUAUAUCUCAAAUAGACACUAUCCACAACGAUGUUACCUGUUGCACUCUAUCCCAGCAAUUGUGAACAUUCUUACCGGCUUAAUUCGAAGAAAGGUACUGUGCUGUAUACGCAACACUCUUUGAGGGGCCAGAAAGUGUAUAAAACCUCCUAAACUCAAGUCAAGCUUAUUCUCUCCUCCUUCACCAAGAAACUUAUUCUGAAUUUGGGAAUGAAAAAAACAAAACAAAAACCACCCCAUUCUAUGUGCACUGUUCUGCUUUUUUUGUGUGAAAAACCCCCCCACAAGUGCUUUGCAGCCUCUGGCCAUUGGAGACCCCACUGAAGGGCAUUUUCCCUUAGUCACGUGUGAUAGAAACGUGUCAGACUUGAUGUUGAUAUUUUGGGUAGAAGAUUGGGUGUAUUUAAAGGUGAAUGCCGUGGUGGCGUCGAUAGCAGUAGUUCUUUGGGGUUAAAAUCUGCUUUUGGCAGCUUGCGAGUAAUGUGUGUUUAUGAGUAUGUGUGUGUGUGUGUGUGUGUGUGUGUGUGCGUGUGUGUGUGUGUGUGUGUGUGUGCUUGUAAGAGAGAAUGCAUGAGGGAUAGAGAGGGUGACACGACACAUCGAGCGAAGAUGAGGGUCUUUCUAUAGAGAUACCUGCCUUAUAGACAGGAGUUUGUACACUGUAAUCUUUUUCACGCUUUUUAUUUGACACCCUUGUUUGUGAUUGUUUUCAAACAUCUUGGGUAUUAUAUAAGUCAAUUCCAUUUUAGGAGGGGGAAAAAACAAGGCUGGGCUUGAUUUACUCUCCAGCUCUCCCCAAAUAAUCCAAAAUUAAAGGAUUUUAUAACUUUUUAAUAUUCCUGUAUUAAGGUAAAGUAUCCUAUACAGAACCAUAAAAUAAAAAUAAACUUUCCAUUUUGGAAACAUUUCAGUAAUAUUUGAAAUUCUUGUUUUUGUUAGUGUGGCCAUAGUAGAAUGUGUGAUGUGAUUAUGUGGUUGUGAAUCCAUGUCAGAGAGAGGGGGGGGGGGGGGGGGGGGCUGAUUGGGUUCUACCGUAGGGGAGAUCUAUCCAUGUAAGUUCACAAUAAAGGCACCUGGUUUGAGCCCACCACCAGUGAAAUACCAGGGUAACAUUCGAAGUGUCAUCAUAGAUUGUUCUACUGUGUUAAUAUCAAGUGUGUUAUGUCGAUCCCACGAAAGUCCUCCUUUAGAAAAAUCUUAAUUACAGGAUGAUGCAACAAUCCACGAGAAAUUUGGCACCUAGCAUUUGACAAAGUUUUGAAGUGUCCAUUAUGGGUUUGGAUUUGGAACAGGCAUGUGUAUGCAACAUCAAGCAAGUAGUUCCGCUGUAAGGAUUGGGUGAAGUAAGUCCUUUGUGGCCCCUAGGCAUCACAGAUUUUUGCACUUUUCAUAAUUUCAUCUACAGUGAGCUCCAAAAGUAUUAGGACAGUGACACAUUUUUGUUCUUUUGGCUCUGUACUCCAAGACUUUGAAAUGGUACAAUGACUAUGAAGUUUAAGUACAGACUGUCAGCUUUAAUUUGAGGGUAUUUUCAUUCAUAUUGGGUGAACCGUUUAGAAAUUACACCACUUUUUGUACAUAGUCCCCCAAUUUUAGGGGAACAAAAGUAUUGGGAGAAAUUCACUUAUGUGUAUUAGCGUAGUAAAGAGUUAAGUGUUUGGUUCCAUGUUCAUAACAUGCAAUCAAGUUUGUGACUCUACGAACUUGUUGGAUUCAUUUUCUGUUUGUUUUGUUUGUGUUUCAGAUUAUUUUGUGCCCAAUUGAAAUGAAUGAUAAAUAAUGUAUUGUUGUCAAUUUUAUUGUAAAUAAGAAUAGAAUAUAUUUCUAAAGACUACAUUAAUGUGGAUGCUACCAUGAUUACGAUAAUCCUGAAUGAAUCGUGAAUAAUGAUGAGUGAGAAAGUUACAGACGCACAAAUAUCAUACCCCCAAGAAAUGCUAACCUCUCACCAUUACAAUAACAGGGGAGGUUAACAUUUUUGGGGGGGGUAUGAUAUUUGUGCGUCUAACUUUCUCACUCAUCAUUAUUCACAACUCAUUCAGGAUGCUGUAAAGUGUUUAGGGACAUAUUCUAUUAUUAUUUACAAUAAAAGUGACAACAAAAUUACGCAAUACAUUAUUUACAAUGAAUAUGGGACUAAAUACUUAAGUUUGUACUACUUUAAUACACAUAAGUGAAUUUGUCCCAGUACUUUUGGUCUCCUAACUAUGUACAAAAAGUCCUGUAAGUUCUGAACCGUUCACCCGACAUGGAUGAAAAUACCUUUUAUAUCAGUGUCCCACUCAUGGUAGAUAUUUAAUAAGUAGACAGAUAUAGGCAGGUUUUGUGUUGCAUACAUUGCAUAAUGUUUAUUUUCAAAGGGCUAAUUUGAUUUGAUCAUCUAUGGACAUCAUGUACAAGGGUUAAACCGUUUUCACAGAAUGACAUGUAGGCCCACAGAUGAGAAAGGCAUGACAGAGAUGGGUAUUAUUCAAUAUUCAGUAAUGAUUGUUGUAGGCUAUCCAUGGUCAACCGUUCAAUCAGUACCUUAUGCAAGAAAGACCAGUGGCAAUCAUGCAAUAUCUGUGUAGUUCUACUUACUUAAUGUUCAGUGUUCUAGGGAUUAAGAGGACAGAUGGAUGGACAAAAGUGCUUUCAGGAGGUGUGUUUUUACGUGAGCAAUAGAUGUGUUCCAUGUAUUGAUUAUUAACAUCAGGUUGUUGUUGUAAGCAGGAAACAUAAAAACCAGCAUUUUCUGUAUUACUAAUCACUUAACUAAAUAUAUGAAUAAUUCAGUGCCUGUUCAAGCUCAUCGUCUCAGUGGAGUGUCCAUUGUCAAUAAAUGUGAUAUGACAACAACAAAAAAGUGAAACAACUUCAAGCGAAGCGAUAUGUGUGGGGCGCCUUGGCGUGUUCUCUCAAAUCUUUUUGAAUUUUUAGUUUUGUUUGUUGUUUUGUUUUUGGUUUGAGAUGUGUCUUUGCAAGAGUUUUUUUUGUGCUUCAUUCACUUGAAGGUCAGCUGGGUACGCCCAUCUCAUGCUUGCUCUUUGAGGGGAAAAAGCUAUGUGUACACGUCGUUUGGACAGUGUGUUUCUUUGGAUUGUCAAUUGCUACAUCAUGUUAACUAAUGACAUUUGAAAAUGCUUGCCAACUUCUCAGAAUGGUUGACUUCUUAUGGGUCUUGUGGCACUUUUACUCCCUCUGCACACACAUUAUUACUAUGGCGAAUCACUUCAAGGUGAAUUAAAAAACACAACUACUACAACACCACCACCAACUAAACCAUACGUAACAGUCUCCAGUAGUAACUUGUAGUUACACAGCAGGUGUGUGCAAAAGUCUACGUAUGUAUUGAAUGUAGGUUUUAGAGGACUUUUGAAACCUUUUUGUUGAUAUCUUUUUAUUUGACAGUUUAGGAACCACAGGUAUGCGUCUUGAACUGUAUAGCGAAGGCCUUGAUAUCCCUUCUUUUUGUUUUCUUUUUUGAUUUUAGAACAUUAAAGCAGUAGGCAAUGCCUUUGAGAUGGUUACAUUUGGUGCAGGGGCUAAAAUUGCCACAAGAUUAAAAUCAGUGUAAAUAAGGCUCAACAUUUUCGGGGAUUGUUACUGUUAUAUCCAACCUAUACUGCUAGCAGAUGUUUUUACUGCAGUCAAUUACUGGACGUGGAUAUAUUUCCUAUGCAAAACUGUUUAAACAAUAAAAUGAGCUAUGCUACAAAAAUGA